CGCUUGUUUGCCAAACGUAGUCAGCAUCUUGCUAGCAAGUUCGAUAAUGCCCUCGCUAAUUUCACUUUUAUAAGCAAAUUACAGUAAGAAUAAUUCAUGCAAUUUAAAAUAAUAUUUCUCCUUAAGGACUCAACGUAGAUUGCUAUUAACUUGUACUUUGUGACAAGUGUUUUUUUUCCCCGUGAAAUGCUACCACUCGUGUUGAAACUUAAAUGGCCAUAAAGUUCUAUUAAGUGAAUUAGCAAAACACGUAUUGAUAAUAAUCCAUCAAAUGUGGCUCAUACAGUUCGGCGACGUAGGCUACACUACCCCUAUUUGUUCGUAAAAUCAAUUUCAAUGCUGCACUUCGUUUGUAUGAGCGCUACACAAUUUAUACCAAACUUUUAUUUUAACCAUAUAGAACUCACACCCCCAUGAACCAUUGCAAGUAAUUUACAGUAAGAGUCGUCCGCCGUUUGUAUAUAUACCUGACUACAGUUAAAAGUUUUAUAAUUGUGUGGACACUUUAAACCCGAUGCCUCCCGUUUUGUCAGUGGACUGUCCUAGCUCUCGUGCUAAGUUUAGUUCACAAGCUGAGUGGCAACACCUCUUUGGACCUGCUGAUAGGGGAAUCUCACUUCCUCAGACGGGCCAUGUCUCUUCUUGAUUGAGAACGAAAAUCAACUGCUGCGUUAAUCUUAUGCGGAAGAUUACUUGGUUGAAGACUGUGUUUAACAGCAGCUGAGUGAUGGCUACAAACAGGGCACAGAUUUUUGGGAGAUUUGCAGCUGUUUGCCUUAUAUUGUUGUGUUUCGCUUGUUUACACGUGACCGCCCUCAAAUCACAACUUACUCCAUUACUCCAGCGGAGGUUACUACGUUACUCCAGCGAGCCCCCUAUCAGAUAUGAAACAUUUUAUUUUGACCAGAAGAUCGAUCAUUUUGGAUUUCUUGAAGAUGGGACCUUCAAACAGAGAUACCUUGUGGCUGACAAACACUGGCAGCAGCCUGAUGGACCGAUUUUAUUCUACACAGGAAAUGAAGGCGACAUCACUUGGUUCUGCAACAACACUGGUUUCAUGUGGGAAGUUGUGGAGGAGUUGGGUGCCAUGCUGGUUUUUGCAGAGCAUCGUUACUAUGGAGAAUCCUUGCCGUUUGGACAAGACUCUUACAGUGACAGCAAACAUUUGAACUACCUGACCUCAGAGCAGGCCCUUGCAGAUUUUGCAGUACUGAUUCAAAACCUCAAGGAGACAUUACCCUGGGCUCAGCACAGCCCUGUCAUCGCCAUCGGAGGUUCCUACGGAGGGAUGCUCUCUGCCUGGCUACGGAUGAAAUACCCCAAUGUAGUUGUUGGAGCUCUGGCUGCCUCUGCACCCAUAUGGCAGUUUCCAGGGAUGGUGCCAUGUGGAGACUUUCACAAAAUAGUAACACAAGACUUUGCCAGAAGUGGCUCUAACUGUGACGCAAACAUCCGAAGGUCAUGGGAGGCUAUUAAUAAUGUCUCUUCCACCGCAUCUGGUCUUCAGUGGCUGUCUGAAGAGUUCAGUUUAUGUUCCCCCCUUAAAAAUAAGAUUGAUGUUAUCAUCUUCAAGAACUGGCUUCAGGAGACUUGGGUGAAUAUGGCAAUGGUGGACUACCCGUACGAAGCCAGUUUCCUCCAGCCACUGCCUCGCUGGCCAAUCCAGGUGGUGUGCAAAUAUCUUGGUUUCGAUUCCACUGUGCCCGAGUACCAGCUGCUGCAUGGGGUCUCCCAAGCAGCAAAAGUCUACUAUAACUACACUGGAAGCUCUUCUUGUCUCAACACAUCUCAAACUGCAACUAGCAGCCUCGGAGCACUCGGCUGGACUUACCAGGCCUGCACAGAGAUGGUGAUGCCCAUGUGCACAAAUGGUGUGCAGGACAUGUUUGAGCCUGAGGAGUGGAACUUCCAGGCCUUCUCUGACGAGUGUAAUGCCAUGUUUGGUAUCAGACCUCGUGCUGAUUGGGCUGGCACAGUCUAUGGGGGAAAGGAGAUCACCUCUCAUAGCAACAUCAUCUUCAGUAAUGGAGGACUGGAUCCGUGGUCAGCUGGAGGAGUGACUCACAACAUAUCAGAUUCUCUGGUUUCCAUUAUGAUUCCUGACGGAGCCCAUCACUUGGACCUCCGCUACAGCAAUAACCUCGAUCCACCUUCAGUCCGGACUGCUCGGGCAUUAGAGCUGAAGUAUUUUCGGGAGUGGAUCAAGCAAGCUAGAGAAACAACAGAAGCAGCUGUCACCAAAAACAGAAAGUUGCAAACUUCUGCCUGACCAGGAUGUUUAUGUAAUCAAUGAUUUAGCUUUAAUUUUCUUUCUUUUAUUGUUUUUCUUUUUGCUCUGUCAUAACACCAAAGGUUGUCCCUUUGUAAAUCAGUUUCUGUCUUGUUCAGGUUGCUGUGUUUGGUGCUGGAAAAUCAAAAGACCUCUUUUAACCUGUUUACAGACACUCCAUUUAUUUAUGCCAAACGAAACAUUAUCAAGAGCUUCGUGCCAAGAAGUUCCACUAUGAUCAGCAAAAAAAAACUGCUGCAAAUAAUUUGCUGACAGAACUGUCACCGGGAAAAGACAGGAGAAAUAUAAAUUUUUCUUCUAUAUAAAAUUGACUUAGACUCACGUUUUCUUAUUUUAAUUUGCUUUCAAAUCCCUGUUUUGAAGAUUUUUACUACACCAAGUUCAACAUUAAACUUUGUCAUUUACAGAA